UAUCCAAAAUAUUUUCACUUCCGACAUGGAAGAGUGAGGAGCUAAUGCAAUUAUUGAGCCCCUUUUUUUUAUUUUAUUUUAUAUUUUACUUAAAGAAAAGAAAAAGAAACGAAACAACAAAGCCUAGCGGUUUCCAAUUCCGACACUUGAAACGCUCAACUGUUCUGCUGUCUCUCGCCAAUCUAUCCCCUGAAUACAUUAACGGUCACAUUUCCUCAUUCAUUAUUAUAAGAAAGAAUAAAUUCACUUCACUUCACUACACCCCCCAACUCCCAUAAACGCCUACAUUUUUUUCUCUCUUCACUUCACUCCCAUCCCAACUUUUAUAUUUUCUUCUAACAAAUGGCGAAAGGCUUCGAUUAUCGUCGGCUGAUUAUACUCUCACUCCUACUCACCACCCACUGUCUCCCACUGUCCGGCGCCUCGAUCAAGGCUCAGAACGGCGUCGUUUCCAUGGAGCUGUGGUGCGUAGCCAAGAACAACGCCGAGGACUCGGCCCUCCAAUCGGCUCUGGAUUGGGCCUGUGGACCUGGAGGCGCCGACUGUAGCCCAAUCCAGCAAGGCGGUCCCUGCUAUGACCUCUCCGAUGUACAGACAAUGGCUUCCUUCGCUUUCAACAAUUAUUAUCUCAAAAACGGCAUGACCGACGAUGCUUGUAACUUUGACAACACCGCCGCACUCACUUCCUUAAACCCAAGUCAUGAUAAAUGCAGAUUCCCAUCCAGUUUGGCAGUGAGCAAUGGAAGUCGUCCAAGUCAAUCAACAGCGGUCGGGUUGGGGCCUAGUGAAGACAUGAGUGGCUGCGACCUAGUGACUCUGCAUUGGUUUUGGCCACUUUUGAUAGGCAGUCUUUUGUUUUUUUGCACCACUUACUACUCAUAGCUUGAGAUUGAUCUUGUUAAGCAUAGUUAUUAGCUUAGCAUAAGAGAAAAGCAAAGGCUUUUUUUUAAGUUAAGGUUUAGUUUUGAUCUUGGGAUUCUCCCUCACUUCUGGGAUCUGUUUUCAACUUUGUAGAACUUAGUUGAUAAAGUGAUUAUUAAUUUGAAGAUAUUUAUAUUUGUUCUAUCUUCAUGAAAUAAACUUUGUUUUAGGUUUUUUUUUUUAAUAAAUCAUAGAAUUUUAUUAAUGAUAAUUAAUUAAAAUAGUAGUUUGCAAUCUAA